GAGGUGCAUCGUUUUCGAGAGUAUUACAAAUGGUGGCUCGCAGUCGAUUAUUUUGACGAGUGUUUGGAAACGAAAGAAGAGCCAUGAAUCCUAUGACAAAUGUAAAGAACAUAACCAAGUUAAACGAAAGGGAAAUUCAGUUAGGCAUUAACGCCAGUUGUUCGUGGCACAAGAUCUACCAGAAAAGUCCUUGGGUGUUCGUCGGCGGUUUGGAUUACGAUCUGACGGAAGGAGACGUCAUAUGCAUCUUUUCACAGUAUGGUGAAGUCAAAGAAAUAAACUUAAUCAGAGACAAGAAGACUGGAAAAUCGAAAGGAUUUGGCUUUCUGUGUUACGAAAAUAAUAAGAGUACCAUUUUGGCUGUCGACAACUUCAACGGCAUUAAAUUAUGUGGGCGAACCAUAAGAGUGGACCACGUGGCCAAUUACCGACCUCCAAAACAGGACUCCGAGUCGGAAGAAAGUAAUGAAGAAGAAGACAUUAUGGAUAUAAUAGAUCCCAAGAGAAAGAAAGGUAAAAAGAAGAAGCGAGGAGAAGAAAAAGAAAAGCCAUACAAGACAAAAAAUUGGGAUCGUGAUAGAGAUAGGAUAGCCAACAGAUACCACGACCGCUUCGACAUAAAAAGAGAAGACGAUCGUGGCAGUCAGGAAGACAGAGGGGCAAGAAGAAUGGCACACGGCAGGUCGCCCCAUAGAAAACGCAACCAGAUGGAUUCAGAUUCAGACCAGGAAGUCGGGAGACACCCUAAGAGAAAGGACAGAAAUUUGGACGAAAACGACCACGGAUCUAAGCACGGCUUUUAUAAAAAUCACAGGUGACGGCCGAAUGUGUCACUCCCUACUCUGUAAAUAUUCUUACAAAAUAAAUCUCUCUUAAUUAUUUGA